AUGGUGUUCGUGGACCUGGAAAAGGCAUACGAUAGAGUCCCCCGUAAGGUUCUGUGGUGGGCUAUGAGAGAAAAAGGAAUGCCAGAGAAGUCUGAAGCUGGAGUAACCGACAAGUUCAAUAUGGCGGUAGGUUUACACCAGGGGUCGGCUUUAAGUCCGUUUUUGUUCCUCCUGAUUAAGGAUGCUCUGACAUCGAACAUACAGGAGGAAGCACCCUGGUGUAUGCUGUUUGCCGACGACAUUGUUCUUGUCGGAGAAAAUGCACUUGAGGUCCAGAGCAGGCUGGGAAAAUGGCAAGAAAAGCUGGAAAGUGUGGGACUGAAAAUAAGCAGAACCUAA